UCUACAGCAAAUAUUCUGGUUUUAGGGGUUAUCCAGAUUAUGAUUGGCAUCUAUCAUGUACUCAUGUGGUAUUUCCUGUUGCUGUUGUACAUGGGACAAAUUAAAGGAGUAUUUGGGACUUAUGAACCUUUAACUUACAAAAUGGGAACUGCUUUAUGGGGAUUUGCUUUUAUCAUUUCAGGAGCCUCCACAGUAAGAGCAGCAAACCAUCAAAGUAGAUAUAUGCUUCUCUGCGCCCUGUCCCUGAACAUACUCUGCAUAAUUGUUACGGUCUUUGCAGCAAGCCUGACAAUAGUGGAAUUGGUUCGCUUCCGUACUGUGUCAUAUAGGAAUUAUGGACAAGCAAAGCUGGGGAGGGAAGUGUCCCGUAUUUUGCUGGUCUCCUACCCCCUGGAAUUCGGGAUCGCCCUCACAUACUCGAUCUCUGGCUGUUCAAAUUUGAAAAGAAGUCAAGAGGAAAAUUUAGAGUCUGUUUCUGAAAACGUGGAGGGCAGCUUCUCACAGCUGGAGACAUGA